AUGCCCACUUCUCCAUACCAUGAAGAUCCGUCUCGUGUCGACUUUCUUGACUCUUCGGUCGCAUAUGCCCAAGAACAUCCUUCCGCCGAUUCCCAAGAUGUCGAGAGUGAUGGAUACGGGGACUCGGACUCCGCCUUCAGCGGUGACUCUUUGCUAGGUGAUGACACGAAGACCUUAUCAACGUAUAUCACGGAAUAUCGGUACGAAUUUGGCCGUCGCUAUCACUCUUAUCACGACGGCGCAUACUGGGGUCCGAACGACGAGGUUGCGAACGAAUUCCAAGAUCUUGCCCAUCACAUGUACCUCAUAACACUGGACGGAAAACUACAUCUUGCUCCUAUCGACUCUCCACAGGAAAUCCUCGAUGUAGGUACAGGCACUGGAGUCUGGGCUAUUGACAUGGCCGAUGAAUAUCCCAGUGCUAGGGUAACCGGUGUCGAUCUUUCUCCCAUCCAACCCACGUUUGUACCCCCUAACUGCGUAUUCGAGAUCGACGAUAUAACGCUUCCUUGGACGUACGCAUCCAAUCAAUUUGACUUUAUACACGUGCGCGAGAUGUUCGGCUGUAUACCAGACUGGGACGAGUUCUUCCGGCAAUGCUGGCGUUGUCUGAAACCUGGUGGUUUCAUCGAGGUGGUAGAACACGCAGUCCAGCCGGCCAGUGACGAUGGUAGCAUGGAUCCCGAUCAUUUCUAUCACUUAUGGGGAAAGACGGUGGUGCAAUCCGGAGAGGUAUUUGGUAAAAGCUUCACCAUCUGGGAAGAGAGCGCCGCCCGUCUCAAGAAAGCUGGAUUCGUUGGGGUGGUUGAGACUGAAUAUAAAUGGCCCAUGAAUGGAUGGAGUAGUAACAAAAAGCUACAUGAUCUGGGCCGCUGGAACCAACUUCGACUAAACGGCGGAGUAGAGGGAUUUAUGCUACGUCUUCUCACCUCAACACUGCGAUGGUCGUACGAGCAGGCACAAGUAUUUCUGGCUCAAAUGCGUGCUUCGCUACGAGACUACAAAACCCAUGCCUACCUUCCUGAUUGCCAGCUCACUAUGUCGGAGAUCAUGUGCCAAACGCCCGACCAGUCAGCGCCUCUAUCACAGAUCAAUAUCUCGACUACUACUUCCUCCAAUGGUCUCUACAAGUACCAGCUCGGAAAGCCAUUUACUAUUACUGUAGAGGCGAGUCUAUCCCCUAUGGCUACUCAGCCCAUCACGGUCCUUGUCCUUGAUACCCCACUUGACGAAUACGACACGAGCUGGUUUGAGCGCAACCUUAUCCUCACCAACACCGAAACCUCAGAGGCUCAUGUGACAUUGCCAAAGUAUGAGCCCCCUCCAGCCUAUGAGUCCCCUCAGGAGACUAAUGGGAUAAACGUGCCUGUUCGCCAUGACUACCAGUGUUGUUUUCUGACUCUUUACCCAGGCAAACCUUACUGGGCUGUUCACACUCUGUCCGCUGACUUGAUUAGUAGCAGCAAUAUCGGGGUUGACAUCGCACGUUAUCGAACAAGCCUUGUAGGGGCAUACAACCUCGAGAUUGGGUCCCACUACGAGAUUACCUUGCAGGACGCAGCUCGCUGGAUCAAAUGGUAUCGAGUCGGUGAAAAGAACCAGGUUCUGAGCCAACCACAUUCUGUGUCGGAUCUGCUUCGCUACCUAACUGGUCAGCCGCAGCACGUUGAACGUGUCAAUGAUUCCAAAAUGCCCCCUAUCCGUCUUAUGUUGCAGAAUGCAGAAUGCGUCACGGUCAAGAAGACCAAGGAACUAACUCAAAUUACGCAUAUGGAGGAUAACCGAUAUUUAUUUCAGGUUGAAUCAGAACCCGACUUUUACAUUACCUGGGGUAACAUUGACCCUUUUGUGUGGAAUCCCUUGCUAGUUGAAGAGUCGGACCCCGAUUCCGAUGGUUCUCAUAUUUAUAUGUGUGGCUGA